CGGGAGGGGCGGGGCCGGGGUCACAUGACGCAGAGGUUCCUCACCCACCGUCUCCCACUCAGUGCAGCGAAGGUGGUGUUCGUCGUUCCCCUCCCCCCUCCUUCCUGAUUAACUCUUAAGCGCGGAGAUCUGGCUGAACGCUCCGUAGACCCGGAAGGAGGAGAGACCCGUCCUUUUUCCUGGAGAAUAGACUGUAGCACCGUGUAGAUGCGAAGCUAAAGCAGCCAGAUGUGUCAUUCUAGCCGGGGGGAGUGGUGUUCCGCGCUGCAGCGAGGCAAUGGUUGUGGUCUGCAUGAAGAGGGAUGCUAGCCGGUGCGCCCUGCGGGCAGUAGCUGAAGAAGACACUAGCCACCGCUAACCAGCACCCCCAGUCCCACUUGGAUUGAAUGGUGACUCCUCAUUCCCUGAAGGAAAAGGUGAAAAAUGUGAAACAUGCAACGUGACUUCUGCGACCAAGGGAAUAUCUCUUUUUUAGAAUUAAGGCCAGGAAAGACCCGGAUUGUCUGCCUCUUCGGGAUGAACAGCUCCGGUUUUAUUUUAAAGUGCUGGGAAUCUUUGGGCGUUUGCCUCAUGUAAAACGGUACACAUGCUGUGGACUCAAACGCUCUCAUUGCUAGCCGAUGUCUCCUAAUGUUUUGAUAAUUCUAUUCAUGCUGGAGUUAUAGAAGGAGAGAAUUUAUAAAGUCACAAACCACCUCCUUGAAAGAGGCAAUACUUUCUGUGUAGAUUGGAAACCGCAUGGGCUAACCGCUAGAUGUCGUUCCCACGAGCAAUGAUUCCAGUCACGGAGUUUAAGCAGUUCACCGACCAUCAACCUGCGUUCAGAGUGCUGAAGCCAUGGUGGGAUGUUUUCACCGACUACAUAGCCAUCGCCAUGCUGAUGAUUGGUGUAUUUGGAUGCACAUUACAGGUGAUGCAAGACAAGAUUAUUUGUCUUCCGAAACGAACUUCGCACUAUAACCUGCAUCCUGUUCCAAACCAAACUCUGGUCAACAUUUCUUCCAGUAAAUACACAACACCCACCCCGUCACAGACACCGAUGUCAGCUUCUACCAAUGAAAUGAAAGGGUUGAAGACUAACCUUGACCUCCAGCAGUACAGCUUCAUAAACCAAAUGUGCUAUGAGCGGGCCCUGCACUGGUACGCCAAGUAUUUCCCCUAUCUCGUCCUGAUACACACCCUGAUUUUCAUGCUGUGCAGCAACUUUUGGUUCAAGUUCCCCGGGUCCAGCUCCAAGAUAGAGCAUUUCAUCUCAAUCCUGGGCAAGUGCUUUGACUCUCCCUGGACGACCCGCGCUCUCUCCGAGGUCUCUGGCGAGAAUCCGGAGGAGAAGGACAGCAAGGGCGGCGAGGUGAACAAUGCGGCCAAGGUAGCGCCAGGCCUGUCUGUCUCGGAGGGUAAUCUGGCCAAGACCCAGUCGCUGCGCUCCAUCCCCGAAAAGAUAGUGGUGGAGAAACCAGCUGUAAGUGCCCUGGACCAGAAGGAAGGUGAGCAAGCCAAGGCUUUGUUUGAGAAGGUCAAGAAGUUCCGACUGCACGUGGAAGAAGGAGAUCUGCUGUAUUCCAUGUACGUGCGCCAGACCAUCAUCAAAGUCAUUAAGUUCAUUUUCAUCGUGGUCUACAACAGCAUCCUGGUGUCCAAAGUCAACUUCAUGGUGGAUUGUGAGGUCAACAUUCAGGAGAUGACUGGCUACCGUAAGUUUUCUUGCAACCACACCAUGGCACACUUGUUCUCUAAGCUGUCCAUCUGCUACCUGUGCUUUGUCAGUGUAUAUGGCUUGACCUGCCUUUACACCCUCUACUGGCUCUUCUACCGUUCCCUUAAGGAAUACUCCUUCGAGUACGUCCGGCACGAGACAGGCAUCGACGACAUCCCCGACGUCAAGAACGACUUUGCUUUCAUGCUGCACCUCAUCGACCAGUACGACCCCCUGUACUCCAAGAGGUUCGCCGUCUUCCUCUCCGAGGUGAGCGAAAACAAACUCAAGCAGCUGAACCUCAACAACGAGUGGACUCCGGACAAGCUGCGCCAGAGACUGCAGACCAACAGCCAGAACAGGCUGGAGCUGCAGCUCUUCAUGCUGUCCGGGCUGCCCGACACGGUGUUCGAGCUGACCGAGCUGCAGUCGCUGAGGCUGGAGAUCAUCAACAACGUCACCAUCCCGGCCACCAUCGUGCAGCUGGAGGGGCUCCAGGAGCUCUCGCUGUACCAGUGCUCCGUGAAGAUCCACAGCGCGGCGCUGGCCUUCCUGAAGGACAACCUCAAGGUCCUGAGGGUCAAGUUCGACGACAUGCGGGAGCUGCCCAGCUGGAUAUACAGCAUGAAGUGUCUGGAGGAGCUUCACCUCCAAGGCACCCUGAGCCCCGACCUGUCCAAGAACAUCACGCUGGAGUCGUUGCGGGAGCUCAAAAGCCUCAAAGUCCUGUGCAUUAAGAGCAACCUGACCAAGAUCCCGCCGUCCAUCGUUGAAACCUCCAGCCACCUCCAGACUCUGUGCAUCCAGAAUGACGGCACGAAGCUGGUCAUGCUCAACAGUCUGAAGAAACUAACCAACCUGGCAGAGCUGAGCCUGGUGCACUGUGACCUGGAGCGCAUCCCCCACGCUGUGUUCAGCCUGACCAGCCUGCAGGAGCUGGACCUGAAGGAGAACAACCUGCGGUCGGUGGAGGAGAUUAUCAGCUUCCAGCACUGCCGCAAGCUCGCCGGCCUCAAGCUGUGGCACAACAGCAUAACGUACAUCCCGGAGCACAUCAAGAAGCUGACCGGCCUGGAGUGCCUGUACUUCAGCCACAACAAGAUCGAGGUACUGCCCUCGCACCUCUUCCUGUGCAACAAGCUGCGGACACUGGACCUGGGCCACAACGACAUCCGUUUCAUCCCGCCGGAGAUCGGGGUGCUGCAGAACCUGCAGGACUUCUGCAUCACGGGCAACAAGGUGGAGAGCCUGCCUGAUGAGCUGUACUUCUGCAAGAAGCUCAAGGUGCUGAGGAUGGGCCGCAAUAGCCUCUCCAUCUUGUCGCCCAAGGUCGGCAACCUGGCACUACUGACCCUGCUGGAGCUGAAAGGCAACCACUUGGAGGCGCUGCCCCGGGAGCUGGGAGACUGCCGCUCGCUGAAACGCAGCGGGCUGCUGGUGGAGGACACCCUCUUUGACGGGCUGCCUUGCGACGUCAGAGAACAGAUGAGGGCGGAAUAGAGUGGAAGGUGACCCCCGCACUAGCCCGGCGCUCCUGGGUGAGUGCAAGCAAGAGGCAGUCCUGAUGAAGGGUCUCGGCCCAAAACAUCGACGGUUUAUUCCUCUCCAUAGAUGCUGCCCCACCUGCUGAGUUCCUCCAGCGUUCUGUGUGUGUGUGCGUGUGUGUGUGUGUUACUCUGGAUUUCCAGCAUCUGCAGAAUCUCUUGUGUUUGAGCAGCCACCUUGUCAAUGUUAAGUUUUGUUAUCGCUUCCCAUCCAGUCGAAUUCACCAGCAUUAUUUUUAACAUUAACCUCAUAUUUUAAAAUGCAUUAUUUUAUACAUAUAUAUAUAUAUAUAUAUAUAUAUAUUUUUAGCUGCGCCCAUGUGAGACAACAGAUGGAAUAUCGCGGUUGGUGUCUCGCUUCUGCUGGGAAUAAUGUUACUGUGCAUCUUAACUGUGCCACGUUUUUUGGGAGCGCAGGAGGAGAGGUGUUGACGGGUGUCUCCCAGCCUUUAAAUAUAGGUAAUAUUUAUGAUAUCAGGAUUUCAGCACUCAGUAAACUGUUGGGUGGUUUUAUCCAAACUUAUUUAUAGAGAUAAAAUAAUAACUUGGGAAAAUAACGUGCCUUUUGGAAGGGCUUUACCUGACAAAGCUGCCCAAGAAGAUGCAACGUACCAGAAGGUUGAAGAACCCCGAUCAGAAUCAGAGUCAGCUUUACUAUUACUGACACAUAUCUACAAAUUUGUUGUGCUUUGUGGCAGAGGUACAGUGCAAUAUAUAAAAUAUACUAUAAGCUACAAUAAGAAAUAAUCAAAAAAUAAAUUAGUAGUGCAAAAUGGUGAGGUAGAAGAGGUCAAGAGUUAUAAAUUAUAAGAAGUGCUAAAAAGUAGUGUAAAAGAGAGCAAAAAUAGUGAGAUAGUGUUCAUGGGUUCAUAGAGCAUUCAGAAAUCUGAUGGCAGAGGGGAAGAAGCUGUCCCUAAAAUGUUGAGUGUGUGUCUUCAGGCUCCUGGACCUCCUCCCUGAUGGUAGCAAUGAGGAGAGGGUAUGUCCGGGGUGUUGGGGGUCCUGAGGGCUGGAUGCCGCCAGGAGAGAGUAAAGGGUGAGGUGGAAGGGUAUAAGGGUAUAAGAAAAGGCAUGGACAGAGUGGAUGUGGCAAAGUUGUUUCCCAUGAUGGGGGAGUCUAGUACGAGAGGGCAUGACUUAAGGAUUGAAGGGCGCCCAUUCAGAACAGAGAUGCGAAGAAAUUUUUUUAGUCAGAGGGUGGUGAAUCUAUGGAAUUUGUUGCCACGGGCAGCAGUGGAGGCCAAGUCAUUGGGUGUAUUUAAGGCAGAGAUUGAUAGGUAUCUGAGUAGCCAGGGCAUCAAAGGUUAUGGUGAGAAGGCGGGGGAGUGGAACUAAAUGGGAGAAUGGAUCAGCUCAUGAUAAAAUGGUGGAACAGGCUCGAUGGGCCGAAUGGCCGACUUCUGCUCCUUUGUCUUAUGGUCUUAAGAUAGUGAGAUAAAGGUUUCCUGGGCAGAUCAGUUGCUUGAAGCACUGCUUGGAAAGGAAAGAAAAGCCUUUGCACUCGAGGUAAUGGGGUUGCAUGACCCAGGCAGGGAGGUUCCAGAUUUAAGGCAACGGAUCGGAUAUCGGAGAGGAGUCGUGGAACUAUAUAUGUAUUUGUUCAUCUAGAGAGUAGGGGGCUGGGUUUACUGGAGCUCACUUCCUGUACAGCAACAAAUCUCAGGGCUUAUGUCUCAAUUCUGGCUUCUUCCCCCAGUCCUUUCUGGUCCUCAUGAGGGGUCUCAGCCCAAAAUAUUGAUCCUGUCCAUUGAUGCUGACUGACUUGCUGCAUUCCUCCAGCAUUUUGUGCAUGUUAUUACAGAAGGUGCUUGGACUUGGAACGAAGAAACGCCUCACGCUAGAGCUGGGAAUGGGAAAUUAGUGUGAAUACCUGUAGGGGGCGCAGUCAGUUUUUGCGAUUCCUGUGACCCCAGAAGGGACGUUGGGUGGGAUAGGAAGGUUGGUGAGGGCUGAAAUAGAGGCUGUUGGGUGAGGGAGGGCCGCAGUGGCAGAGAGUUGGAAACAAGCUGCUGGAGGACCCAGCAGGUCGAGCAACAUCUUUGGAGGAAAAGGGGUGGUCCACCUUUUGGGUUGAGAUGCUUGAAUUAUGGAAAUUGCGGAAGGAGGGAGUGGAUGGAUGAAAGAAAAAUGGAGGACUAUGUGGGAGAGAGGGGUUAGAUUGAUCUUGGAGUGGGUAGGUUCAUCUGUGGUGGGAAAUAAAUAGUCAACUUCUCGGCCCAAAACAUCGACUGUUUAUUCCCCUCCAUAGAUGCUGCCUGUCUCGCUGAGUUCUUCCAGCAUUUUGUGUAUGUUGCUCAGGAUUUCCAGCAUCUUCAGAAUUUCUUGUGUUUACCAUAUACUUUUGUAUGUGUACAAAUUAAUUUAGUGUAUAUAGACAAAUGUUUUAUUUGUGGGGAAGAGGACAAGUUAGCAUUUGGUCUUUGGUUACUAGUCCUGGGAUCGGUCCCUGCUUAUAGUUAAAAGAACGAACUGCUGGACGAACUCAGCAGGCUGAGCAAGUGUCUGUUGAGACGGAGGCCCUGCAUCAGAUGCAAAACAUCAACCAUCCCUUUGCCAACGAAGAGCGGUUUCAAGUCAAAGCCCUGACUGACCGUCUGCCUGCACAGACUCUGCCACGUUCUUGUGGCAGCUCGUUAGUUGCUCCAGGCUCCAGCAUCUGCAGUCUCUUGUAAGCCCUAUUGUCAUGGAGCACUACAGCACAGAAACAGGCCCUUCAGCCCAUCUAGUUCAGGCCAAACUAUUAUUCUGCCUAGUUCCAUCGACCUGCACCUGGCCCAUAGCCCUCCGUAUCCCUCCCAUUCGUGUACCUGUCCCAAUUUUUCUUAAAUGUUGAAAUUAAUCCCACAUCCACCACUUCCACUGGCAGCUCCUUUCACACUCUGACCUCCCUCUGAGUGAAGAACUUCCCCCUCAUGUUCUCUUUGGAUAAUUCACUUUUCACCCUUAACCUAUGACCUCUAGUUGUAGUUCCACCCAACCUCAGUGGAAAAAAGCCUGCUUGCGUUUACCCUAUCGGUACCCUUCAGAAUUUUGUAGUGAUUCUGUCAAAUCUCCCCCCAUUCUGCUAUGCUCCAGGGAAUAAAGUCGGAACCUGUUAUUCUGAACCCGUGUGUCAUUCCUGUGCAUUCACUUCAGCUGAAUGGGGAGCAAGGGAGCAGUCGCCCUCUCACACGUUUUCUGUCACCGACGACGAGCAAAGUCGCCUCCCUUUUUGACGUUUGUGAAUGCGAGCUUGCUGCCUUGUUGCAGCUGCUACAGCGUGACGGAGAGAUGCAAGUCAUUGUGAAGGAUUGACGUUUGACACCCACCCCCCCCCCCCCCACCGGCUCCCCACCACUGAUAUUGUACCUUGCAUGCACCUUGACCCUAGCAGUCAAAGUAUGCAUGUGUUUUUCCUAGAAAGCGGUCCCUACAUAUUGAACCAUGUUUCCCAUUGACCAAUUAAUUUUAAUUUCAAUAGCCUUAACUUGUUCCUGGCUUACAGAGAGCUUGUAAUGGGUGCGGUUUGCACAAUAGCCACAAGUGACUGCAGAUCCUGGAACAUGAGUUUUCUGGAAGUCAGUGCUAAGGUGAUAGUACAGUCGUUUCGACAGCAGAGGGUGCAAAGCACCCAUCAUUGGCCUGUACAGCCCCAGUGUCAAAAUGAAGCAGGAGCCAGGAGCGGGUAAGUAAUGACGGCAAAUGAUAAUAAGGGUCUCAGACAUGAAAUAUUAACGCUCCCUCUUUACAUGGACGCUGCCUGACCUGCUAAGGUUUUCCAGCAAAUUCUGAUUUUGUUAAAAUAUUGAGAGAAGUAUUUAUGGAGGAAGUGUCACUUUAUUGCCUUCGGUUACUGAAGGAAUGUCAACUCAAUCACUGUUCCAAAAGAAAAACACUGUAGAUGUUGAUUUUUAAAAAAACACAGAAAAUGCUGGAGAUAAGCAACAGUGUGGACAUGAUUUGUGGAGAGAGAAAAAAGAAUUAAUUUUUCACUUAUUUACUUGCUGCUCAUUACACUGCUGGCAUGUAGAGCAGCAAUGAAGGUCCUCCAUCUCUGGAGGUGUUCAGGGCUUCCUUCAUCAUGUCAGUAGCUUCGUCUUAGUUUUCACAAGAGUUAGCCAUGCAAGAACUGGGUGGAGACUCAGGAAUACCAUCGCACACAGAUGUAGAAGGAUUCUUCAUUGCUGUCUCUGUAACAAUUUUGUUUGACCACUCAGGUUGUUAGCCCUGAGCUGAACCCCCGAACCUGGAGGACCAGUGGACCACUCUCAGUCUGGCCUCUACCCUUUGACCUGUUUGGCAUGGGUGACCCCUUCAAGAGCCAAAGCAUAAAGUGCUGACUCCAGCCAACAAAGCUCUUCUGGUUAUUGAGGCCCACAAGCCCCCAGACCCAAUGACAAGGUUGUGGUCCUUUGGAGGAGAUAAUGCUCCAGGUGGAUAAAAAUGAUCAGAGCUGAAAUGUUAACUCUGCUUCUCUCUCCACAGAGGCUGUUAGACCUGUUUUUUUAAUUUACAAUUACAUUAAUCAUUUGCUUCAAGAAAUUAGGUAGAUGUUGAGCUGGUUUUCAGAUGAAUUUAGCUGGAUGAUUGGUCUGAAUGUCAUGUUCUUAUUUCUGUAAUAUAUCUGAUGUCAUUCCAAUUUUUUUACGUAGCGCAAGAAUGCAUGUACUUAGCUGCUUUAGUCCACAUUGUGGUAGUGUGGGUAAAACCACUUUUUCUUCACCUAAUGGCGAGAAAAUGGAUUACAUCUUCAAGAUAAUGACGAGUGUGUUAAAUUACAUUUAGACAGGUACAUGGAUGGGUAUGUGUUAGAGGAACAUGGGCCAAAUGCAUGCAGUUGGGCAAUUUGACUUGGGCGAGAUGGCUAGGAUCUAUGCUGUAUAACUAUGACUCAAGGACUUUCUCUUUGCAUCCCUAAAUCCCGAUAAAAUCCACAACACAUUCCUUUAUCCUUUAAGUGAGAACUCCAGAUGAUUUUUAAGUGGCAUAUUAAAGCUAACAGUCUUGUGUAUCAGGAUAUGCUCAUUAUAAAAACAGUAGGUUCCCAGGGUCAGAUUGAUAUUCCAUUAUUCCUUCCCUGGGUUCUUCUGAAUUAACGACUUGUUCAGAACAAGUGCCUGCAGUGAUAUAUACUCAGUACCACUUCGUUAAGUACCUCCUCUACCUAAGUAGCCACUGAGUGUAUAUUUAUGGUCUUCUGCUGCUGUAGCCCAUCCACUUCAAGGAUUGACAUGUUGUGCUAUUUGAGUUACUGAUGCCUUCCUCACUGGAUGUUUUUUUGUUUUUGGAACCAGUCUCUGUAAACUCUAAAGACUGUUGGGUGUGAAAAUCCCAGGAGAUCUGCAGUUUCUAAGAUACUCAAACCUCUCCAUCUGGCACCAACAAUCAUUCCACGAUCAAAGUCACUUAGAUCACGUUUCUUCCCCGUUCUGAUGUUUGGUCUGAACGGCAGAUGAACCUCCUGACCAUGUCUGCAUACUUUUAUGCAUUGAGUUGCUGCCACAUGAUUGGCUGGUUAGAUAUUGGCAUUAACAAGCAGGUGUACCUAAUAAAGUGCCCACUGAGUAUAGAGGCCAGACCCAGUGAGGGUGGCAGAUAUGCUUACCUGAAGGACAUUAUUGAAUCAGGUGGCAUUGAAGUCAACCAAAUCCUUUCAUGGUCACUCUUCCCAAAGUUCCAGAUCAUCAAGUUUGUUGUCAUUUAAGUAUAUACAUGUAUAUCAUCAAACGAGAUAUUGUUUCUCCAAACCUAAAGCACAGUAGUACAAAUAAAACACAUAUAACGCACAUUAACUUAGGACAGUAAGGAUAAAAUAUAGUUGAAUUACACAUAAGUAAACAAGGGUGCAUAAAUUAAAUAUUGUAAUGUACAGAACAGAUUAAUCAGUGACACUUCGAAUGCGAUGCGGCAGGGAGUUCAGAAGCCUAAUGGCCUGAGGGAAGAGACUGUUUCCCAUCCUGACCGUUCUUAUCUUUAUGCAUCGGAGUCUCCUGCCUGAUGGUAGAAAGUUAAAGGAUGCUGGAUGGGUGGGAUCCUUAAUAAUACUAAGGGCCCUGCGUACUCAGCGCUCCUGAUAAAUGUCCCUGAUAGGUGGUAGGACGACCCCUUAUAAUCCUCUCAGCCAUUCUCACAGUCUUUUGUAGGGACCUCUCGUCCAAUGCUCUGCUGCUCCCAUACCAUAUGGAGCUGCAGCUUGUCAGGACGGUCUCAAAGGUGCUCCUGUAAAAUUCAGUUAAGCUGGGGAGGAGGGAGAUGGGGAAGCUUCACUUGUCUCAAUCCUCCUAGGAUUUAUGUACUUACUCGAGUUCUAAUUCCCCACCUGCUGUGAUGAGGUUUAAACUCGUCUCCAGAUCGAGUGUCAACCCCUCAGGAUACAAGAGCAGUAGUUUAGCCCCAAUGCUAUUAACGCUUUAUUGUCAACACUGUCUGACCCGUAGUUCAAGGUUCAAAACUGUUUAUUGCCAUUCUUCUUAUACGAGAAGGAGAACAAAAUGAUUAAUCCUGGAUCUGAUACACCAUAAAAACACAUUAAUCAUAAAGAACACAAUGUAAAAACAAUCCUAUGAAAUACAAUGUACAUUAACUGUUUGAGUGUGGCCACAUAUAAGUAUGAUUAGCCUACAUAGACUGCCUAUACAUACAUGCCUGGCACC